UGGCAAUGGAGGGGUAUGAAUAAAACAUAACAGAGCAUGAAUGCAAAUGAAAAGAAAACACCGCAGCGGGAGGUGAAGUCAAUCGAGAGAACGCUGCUGUCACAUUUAAACGGCUUUUAGGCGCUGCUCAAAACUACUUUGCUAACGAAAAGGAAAAUGAAGUAGGCCUACACAGCUGGAGCGCUCCAAAAAAAAAAAAAAUCCUCUUUGGUUGUCACUUGGCCAGUUUAUUUUAUUUUUAUUUUUUGCUCAAUGUUACAACUCCAAGUUUGAGUGAUGAACCAUCUUUGCUGUCUUGAAAACAAAAUGGCGCAAUCAAGAUAGUGUAAUACAGUGUUUAAAAAUAGCUCGAGAGCUAUCGAAAUCGAUGGAUUCUCUUGAAGGCGCAACUUUUCUGAGGAGAGAUGUAAAACUCCACCAGUCUGCAUGUUCUUUCACAAUAUAGAAAUAAAAUACAUUGAAUAAGCCUGGUUUGUCCAAAAAUUAAUAAAUGGUAUAAUUUUUUAUUUCUUUUUCCUUUCGACUUGUCCCGUUAGGGGUCGCCACAUCGUGUCAUCUUUUUCCAGCUAAGCCUAUCUCGUGCAUCUUCCUGUUACACCCAUUGUCCUCAUGUCUUCCCUCACAACAUCCAUCAGGAGAAGGAAAUCUUAGCACCAAAACAUAUGGGAAAUGCUGCACCAAACCACUGUGUUCCCCAAAUUAAAUGAAAUCCUAAAAGUGAAAAUGAAACUUUUGCUGACCACACAUUUAAAGCGGAUGUUUCUGUUCUUCUGGACAGUUUGCUGAGUUUACGCAAUCUCACCAAGAAUGGAUGAGCUCAGGUGUUUGUGUUAAGGUGUCAAAUGACACCUUAGUCAUAGUUCGAGAGGUCAUGCAAACAUUGUCACGUUCGCCUCCUUCUCUCUUCUCUGUCUCUUUCUCUCCGUCGUCCUUUUCGUCCCAAAGCGGCGUGCAUCCUGUCAGUGGCGCACGAGGCAGGAAUAGGAAGGCAGUCCCGCUCUGUUUACUUCCCUCUCUCUCUCUCUCGCUUCCCGCCUCUCCUCUUCUGGCAACAGACGCUCGCUGCUCUUUUUUUGCGAGGAGGGAAAGCCGGCAGAGAGCCAGUGGUUGGCUCUCGUUCUGACGCCGGCCAUCUCAAAAGCGAAAGCAGAUGCAGAUUUGGGGUGAUUUUGUGCCGUUCCGUGAACUUUGGAGGAGUGGGAGGGAUGCGUGAGAAUCGACGUCGGGCAGGGGGUUGACCUCAAAGACAGCUGUUCCGUCUGGUUAGUCUUGAGAGCCUCCGGGAGAGGAGGGAACGUCUGACGACUGACGGGAUCGCAACGGGAGCCUGUGAUGUCACUCCUCACCUGGGGCGCUUGUCUGGGACUCUGUCGAGUAGUUGUGGGUUUCUUCUGAAAACCAGAGCAGGGGGGAAGGGAGGGACUUCCAGUCAAGGUGCGCAAAUCACAUUGCGGUCUCAUCCGACUUAAUUCUCGGAGCCAGCCGGGGACGUUGAUUAAUGCGAGACCACCAAAAUAGAAACGGCACUUGCGGACUUGUUGGAGCCUAAAUACAAAGACGCACAAUGUGGAAUCCGUCGGGAUACUGCAAUCACAUACCUCGACCUGGAUAUCCCUUCUACCACGCUCCUUGCAGUCAUAACCAGAGAAGCACCACCUUUCGCCAUCCCGUAACCGGCCAGGUUUCUCCGGAGAACGUGGAUUUUAUCCUCCAAGAACAGCUGCCAGGUCCUCGCGUGAUGUCCCAACCCGGCGUCGAGCAGCUGUCCAGCACCACCGUCAGCGAGGUCUCCACCCUCACCACCUCCUCCGCAGUGGACGGCGCCUCCACCUCUAAGGGUUCUCGCUCUGGCGGCACCAGGGUGCACAGUUUCGGCAAGCGAGAGCAGGCCAUCAAGAGGAACCCCAAUGUGCCUGUUGUGGUCCGAGGAUGGCUGUACAAACAGGACAGCUCUGGCAUGCGCCUUUGGAAGAGGAAGUGGUUCGUCUUGUCCGAUUUCUGUCUCUUCUACUAUAAAGACAGCAGAGAAGAGGCGGUCCUCGGGAGCAUUCCCCUUCCCAGCUAUGUCAUUUCACCCGUGGGACCCGAGGAUCACAUCAACCGCAAGUAUGCCUUCAAGGCUGGCCACACGGGAAUGAGCUCGUAUGUUAACAAACGCAGCGCUGUGAUUGGCUCUCAGGCAGAGCACACGGGCAUGCGUACGUACUACUUCAGCGCCGACACGCAGGAGGACAUGAACACCUGGCUGAAGGCCAUGAACCAGGCUGCCAACUUGGGCGGUCCCGUCGACAGCGGCAUCAGAUCAUCUGACCAGUCAGAUCAUUUCCACAUGAUGCGCCAUCAGACAGUCACGCACACAAACCACAUCAACAACCCCAAGACUCCCGAACCCCAGAGACCCACCAUUCAUGAGGUUCUCCUGGAGCCCAUACAUCCUGAUCAAGACGACCGCUGCAGCUUCCAUAAAGAAUCUCCCCUCGCCGUGGACAUGGACACCCACGCCUCCCUGCCCACCAACCCCACGGCCGCUGCCAUCCCGCCGCUGGGCCACGCGUCCUCAUCGGCGCCUGUGUCCAGGGUGCCUUCUCGAGCACCCUCACGGUCUGCCUCCACGUUGCCUUCGGGCGUUGGUGCAAGAAAUGGCCUGGUGGAGACGCCCAGCCCCAUCUUGGAGCCUAAUGGAAUCGCGGCGGGGACGUACCAGAGGGCCCCGGAUGUCCCUCAGGAAAUGAGGAGGAGGAGUACUCUGGAACAGGUGGAGCAGUGGGUCAAGGUGCAGAAAGCUGAGCACAAAGGUCCUCCAUCCCGGGAAAACACCCUGCCCCGUCGAACGCCGCCCUCCCAACCCAAGUUUGGCACCCUGGAGACAUACCAGACCCUGCCAAAGACGCCACGCCACAGCCCCCCACUGGCACGCCACAGCGAGUAUAAGUACGCCCAGGACCGCCUGAGCCACUUCCGCCUCACCCCUGAGCUGGGCGGCCCGAGCUCCAACACCGUCCUGCAGCUGUACGAGUGGCAGCAACGGCAGCAAUACCGCCACGGUAGCCCCACGGCGCCCCUCUACACACCAGCCCCGGACUAUCCUUUUGGCGCCCGCCCGCCGGUCGCCAAGCACAGCGGGCCGCCACGCUGCGUGUCUGUACCGCCUUCGCCCGCCGACAUCCCUGCUCCAGGGCCUCCGCCGGGCACCAGCAGGACCUUGUCGCCUGCCCGCCGCCCGCACACGCCGGCUGGCCGUGUGACAGUGAGACCCGUAGCUGAUGCGUCGGUGGUGGACGCCCCCUUUGCCAUUUCACCGCGCAGGACCAAGUCUCAAGUCUUCAAGGCAUCCACCAUCGACAGGCGCUCUCUGCCUCCGUCCAACUACAUCACGCACACGGUCAGUGCGCCAAGCCUCCACGGCAAAACGGUGGACGACACGUACAAGCAGCUGAAGCAGGACCUGGAGUAUCUGGACCUGAAGGUGGCUGGAAGUCAAACGCUAAAGGAGUCGGGGAAGCCCGUCAAGGUCGCAGAGAGCGAUGUGGAUGUGAAACUGAGUCGGUUGUGCGAGCAAGACAAGAUCCUGAAAGAUUUGGAAAUGCGGAUCAGCUCACUGAAGCAGGAUAAGGACAAGCUGGAGAGCGUGCUGGACGUGUCCCACCAGCAGAUGGAGCUGUUCCAAGAGAAGUCAGCCCACGUGCACAAGAUCGCCUACCAGCAAAGACUCCUGCAAGAAGACCUGGUCUCCAUCAGGGCCCAGAUAUCCCGGCUAUCCACGGAAAUGACGCAAGCCUGGGAGGAGUACGGUUGGCUGGAGGGUUCGGUGGAGAAGCUGAGGGCAGCGAUGCAAGCUCGCAUGAAUCUCGGUGCCACCUCGCAGCAAGAAAAGGGCGAGUUGAAGCGGGAGCUGUGGAGGAUCGAGGACGUGAUGGCAGGACUCAGUGGCAGCAAAGCCAACUACAAAGUCACCAUCAACUCUGUGCAGAACCCGGAGAGGAAGUUAGUGCCUUCCGUGUCGGAGCCCAGCGUGCCUUCUUCUUCCAGCGCCGACGUCCAGCCGCCCCCCCGUAGCUACGUCCCAAGCGUCUUCUCGCAAACGUUGCCUCCCAACUUUGUGCCAAAGUGGGGAGAGGACGACGCCCCCCCCCGGCCGCCGCUCCCUCACCUGUACGACUACGAGGAGACUCCGCCCACCGUGCCGCCGCUGCCCAAGGAGGCGUCUGCGGUCAUCCGCCACACGUCGGUGCGAGGUCUCAAGCGGCAGUCUGACGAGAGGAAGAAAGACCGGGAAGGCGGACAUUACGUCUUCAAUGGAGACUGUAAACCUGAUUUGCGUUCAUUCCUGAGUGAACCCGAGCUGCCUGCCAUCGCUCACCACAACGACUUCCACUAUCCUGAGCAUAAAGGUGCAUCAUGGCAGACGGCGAACCAGUCGGACGCCGUGUCGUCAUUCGUCACUUUGAGGAGAUGCCCCGGCACCGCCGUGGACAGGCAGGAGCGACCCAAGAGUGCCUUGGAGUGUUUGUCCUCCGAGUACCUGGGCACCGCGCCCCCUCCCCACCGCGGCAGCCGAAUGAGCGCCGAGGAGCAGCUGGAGCGCAUGAAGCGUCACCAGAGGGCGCUGGUACGCGAGCGCAAGCGCAAUCUCGGCCAGGGCGAGCGCUCGAGCGCCCCGCCGCCCGCCUCCGUCUUCGAUUGGAGGGAAGAGCGUCCCGGGGUCGAAGGCGAAAGCGACAAAGGUCACGAUGAGGGAGAUGGUCAGUGGGUGACGGUUAAGGCCACCCUGGUCCGAGAAGCCGACGUGGAGCCGCUGGACUACGACCUCGACAUCGGCAGAGAGCUCUCCAAGCCGAGGAAGGUGUCCAUCCCGGAGCGUUACGUGGAGUCGGAUCCCGAGGAGCCGCUGAGCCCGGAGGAAGAGGCCGAGCGAAGUCGGCGCACCGAACGGAUCAGGAAGCUCCUCAGCAAGUCCAACGUUCAGAAUUUGCAGUCAGCGUCGUUGGACCUGGGCGAGGUGGACUCCAUCCUGCAACAGCAGGAGAAGAUCAUGAGCGCAUCGCGAGCGCUGGCGUCGCAGGCGUCCAAAAAGAGCAAACUGGUGGCAGCCAAAGCUGCUGCUAGCCAGUGACCCCGACUGUCCCCUACAAGGACCACUGGAGGACUUAACAACGUAAAAUCCUACACACCAUUAACACACAUGGAGGGAAAACAGUUUUAUUGAUUAUUUUAUGAAAUUGUUUGUG